ACCACGGAUCUGAACACCAUCACACCCCCUCAGAUGAUCACCAUCAUCACCAUGACCAUCACCAUGGAUCUGAACACCACCAUCAUUCCCCCUCAGGUGAUCACCAUCAUCACCAUGGAUCUGAACACCAUCACUCCCACUCAGGGGAUCUUGAUCAUCCAAAAUCUGAUCACCAUCACCACCAUGACCAUCACCAUGGAUCUGAAACCCAUCUUUCUCAUUCAGGUGAUCACCACCAUCAUCAUCACCAUGGAUCUGAACACUAUCUCUCCCCCUCAAGUGAUCUUGAUCAUCCAGAAUCUGAUCACCAUCACACCCAUUCAGGUGAUCACCAUCAUCACCACAGACCACACUCACCAAUGCCCCAUUCAGCUGGCCAUAUGGCAACAUCUCCAGGGGUUCACUCAGGCGGGGAGCUGGAAUCACAUUCCAGCAAAUCCAGUUCCUCUAGAAACAGUCCUACAGGCCAAGAUGAUCUGUCAACAUCUACUUAUAUGGGUCCUCCGCCAGCCUAUAGAGACAGUGGAUCAGAGAUGGAGAAAAUUAGAUUUCUUCAAGGGCAGAAUGAGGAUCUCCAGCAUACGUUACUUCAGACCUCUGUCCGCAUGGACUGCUUGGGGGCAGAGUUUAAAACUGGCCACCAGGUUCUGGAGAGUGAGCUACAGAGUACUCGCGUGGAGCUCAGCAGCCUCUUGGACAGGUUCAAGAAUCUGCAGUCCAAUUACUCAUGUACUCAAGAGAGUAACAACCUUCUGGAGAAGAAGCUUCAUUGUGUGGCUGGAAAUUUGGAUGGAGAACGUGAUCGCUUGAACCAGCGCAUAGACCAGUUGACAGAGCAGCUGGCAGUUGCUAAGACGACCAUUCACAGCCUGGAGGCCAUUAACGUAACAUCAAUGUUGCCGGGAGCCAUGGAAAAACAAUUACAAUCAGAUGACGCUGCCAAACAGCUCACGCUCCCAGCCACCCCCCCUCCUGUCCAGUUCCUGGACCACAGCCAUUAUAACCAGGCUGGUGCUGACCAACCACUGGGACCUGUUCCAGAGGAAGAGGAAUCCGAUUGGUCAGAGAUGGGAGACGAGGCACGUCAGUAUGUGCCAAUUGGCCAUCACGACGGCGCUGCCAUCCUGACCUGGAUCAGUGGCCACCGCAGUCAUUGGGUGGAGGGUGACACGGAGAGCGAAUCAGGUGGUGAGGAGGUCAUUCGACAGUACCCUACUCGCCCGCUGCAGAUACCCCACCUCCAGUUCACGGUGCACCAGGAGACCGUACCCAUCCUCAUGGACGACGUCAGCUCCACCUCCUUCCAAAAGUAUCACCGUGACCCGGCGGAAGAUCACCACUUCCCGCCGCCCCGCAAACUGGGCUCGCCCAUCCGCAUCCUCUCGGCCAGCAUGGAGGAGAUCAGCGGCGCGGGGCUGAAGAUGCAGGGCCACUCGACGAACUGCACCGAGGCCGCGAUGGAUCGCCACCAUCCCCGAGGAGACGUCACAGAGUCCCCCGAGGAAGAGGGCCAGAUCGUCCACAGCUGGAGAGAGGCCCAAGGGCAUGGCACGGCUGGUGGAGGGGGUGGUGGUGUGGAGCAUGCAGCCAGCCUGAGAACCCUUCAGGAGGCUGAGAGGCUGCUCCAUCGUUACAUCAGCCAGUCACCGCCACGGGUGGUAGAGGAAGUACUCAAUGGGGAGAGAACCAAACUGUAAGCCUGGAUCCAUUUUGGGGGGGGGACGUG